AACAGUUGACAGUAAUCAUGCUGUUGUUAUAGGUUAUAAAACCAGUGUUUAUCUAUUUCAUUUUGUUUAUUUUUUGAUUUAUUAAUUUAAAAAUAAUUCGUUAAAAUGACUGAUAUAAUAGAAAAUGAAGAAUUAGACAAAGAUACGGUCGGAGCGGACGAAUUAAACAGUUUAUUUAGCAAAAAAUAUAAUCUGCUUACCGAGACUGCAGUAACGUUAAAGUCCACAUACAUAAAUAAACUAAGCUUAACUAAAUCAUUAAACUUGGCUGUGAGUUUACUAGACAAUAGCAUAGAGGUAUAUAGAAUAGAAAAAUCAUCUCUGAACAGAGUUUGUAAGCUCAGUGGCCACAAGAAAACCCUCACGGAGCUAGUGUUCAGUCCUACGGAAGAUCACCUUUUGUACUCGGCUGGUCACGAUGGAAUUAAGCUGUGGGACACACGAACCAGUGGGUUGUGUGUGCAACAGUAUGAAGAUGAAGAGGAUUCACCCUCAAAACCGUAUGACGCUAUGGAUAUAUCUUGCACUGGGCGUGUAAUUUGUGCCGGCAGCCAGUUGGUUCAAGAGGACGCUUACCUCGUCUUCUGGGACCAAAGGAAACCGAAACCACUGGGAGGCUACUGGAACUCACACACUGACGAUAUUACGCAGGUUAAAUUUCACAAAGAUAAAACGGAGAUCCUUGCAUCCGGGUCUCUCGAUGGCCUCCUCAAUGUGUAUAAUAUCAUGGAGGAAACAGAAGACGAUGCGCUCACAUAUUCUAUGAACUUAGAGAAUUCAAUAGAAAAGAUAUCAUGGCUGAACGAUAUACACGCGUCUUGUAUCACCCAGUCUAAUGAUCUGCAGAUAUGGGACACGUCGAGUGGGGAUUUAGUUAAAACUUAUAGCAGGGAUAAGAUAGCUAGAAGUAUAAAGAGAUUAAGACCAGAUGACUGUUACCUAGUAGAUACAUUCACAUCGGCAGAUAAGAUGGUGAUACUGGCUGGCUCCUAUGGAGGAGAUGGGAAUGUUCUGCGGUCAGUGACGGAGACGGGCAAGAAACUACAGCCCACAUCAAAUUUCACUAGUAACAAGCAAGUUGUCAGAUGUUGUGCCUACGAUGAAGAACGAGAUAUAUUAGUAACAGCUGGUGAAUCCGGUCUGGUGAGCGUUUGGACCACCGACAGCAGUCCUCAAGCGGUGUCCAUAUCCAAAAAACUUAAUAAAAACUUAAAGUUGCAUGACAAGAGACAUAAACCUUAUUAAUACAUCAUAA